AUGACCAAGUUUGUCCUCACAGGCAUUGACGGAAAUCUGGGCAGUGUUGCAGCCCAGUAUGCUGUGGAGGUCCUCAAGCCCGGGGAUGAGCUCGUGCUCACAUCCUAUAAGCUAUCCAUCCUAGAUCCUAAGACCGUUGAGGAAUGGCGAGCAAAGGGCAUCAAGGUCCUCGAGGCUAGCUAUGACGACCUCGAAAGCCUCAAGGUAGCAUUCGACGGCGCGGAAGCAGUAGCUUUCAUCUCCACCUGGUUGUUUGGCGAAGGCCGCCGUCAACAAGCCCGGAACAUUGUUAAUGUGGCCAAGGAGAUGGGCGUGAAACGGGUCUGCUACACCUCCUUUGUUGGAGCAGGCAUCCAGGCCGAGAAAGAGGAGGAUAUUCCCUUUCUGCCCCGUGACCACCAUGCUAUCGAGCAAAUCAUAUACGCCUCUGGUCUGGACUACAAUAUCCAGAGAAACUACCUCUACGCCGAUAACAUCCCCACACUGUUUGCUCCCUCUUGGAAGUUCAGCGGUGACCGGUGGCUCACAAACACCCACGGCGUUGCCGGCGCCUACGUUGCCCGAGAGGACUGCAGCCGCGUGUUCGCCGCUCUACUCCUCGGAAAGGGCGAGCCUAACAAGGUAUACGACGUGACUGGUCCCGAGGCCGUGACGAACGAGACCGUCUUCAACUGGAUCUGCUCCCAGACCGGCUACAAGGCUACUUUUGUCGACUUGCCGGAUGAGGAGCUGAAGCAGUGGUGGCAUGAGAAAGGUCUGCCGGAUGAUUUCACGGGCGACUUCUCCAAGCUUCCUAUGAAGCUCUGCAUGGGAGACUUAUUGUGCUGUGGUGAGAUGGUGGCUCGUGGGUUUAUGAGCGAGACGAGCGAUACGGUUGAGAAGUUGACAGGUCGAAAGCCUGUGCCGUUUCAGGAGGCUUUGCUCAAGUAUAAGGGCCUUUUCCCUCAACCGUAA